CUGGUUCUUUGCCUGAGUUCAACAUGAACAGUUCUCUUGUGAGGAUAUGGCUUGAACAAACUGCAUUUCAUGGUGAACUACCUUCUUCCAUUGACAACCUUAAGUCCUUGACUUCCUUAAAGUUAGGAAAUAGUAGUUUUUCUGGGAUUGUUCCUGCCACAAUUGGUAACCUUACUGGACUCCUGGAGUUAGAGCUUUAUGCAAACAACUUUAGUGGCCAAAUCCCGUCGUCCCUCGAACGCCUAACCGAGCUGACUCGUCUAUUUCUUAGCUAUAAUGAAUUUAGAGAUGCAACUUUGUCUUGGGUUGGUAAGCAGAACAAGCUUGCUUACUUGGGACUUUCUGGGAUUCGUUUAAGUGGCACUCUGUUGCCUUCUGUUGGAAACUUGACUAACCUUGUUCAGUUACUUCUGGGUGAAAAUGAACUAACGGGUGAGAUUCCAUCUUGGAUAGGCGAUUUUGCAGAGCUAACCGAUCUUCAUCUGUAUGGAAACAAAUUGAGUGGUUCAAUUCCCAAGUCUUUCUCUCAACUUAUGAACCUGAAGCACCUUUAUCUUCAGUCUAAUUACUUGAAUGGGACUGUGGAAAUGAGCAUGUUUAUGAAACUUGAAAGCCUUACUGAACUUCACCUCACUGCCAAUAAGUUGACUGUUCUUGAUGAUCAUGUAGGUAAACCUAAUGAAACUCUUCCAAACUUCAACCUUCUAGGACUUGGAUCCUGCAAUUUAACUCAGAUUCCAACAUUUCUUGAAAAACAGAAUGCGUUAGAGUUAUUAGAACUUGGAGAGAACAAUAUUCAAGGCCAGAUACCCAAAUGGAUGUGGAGCAUGAGUAGAGAAAGAUUGAUGGUUUUGAACUUGAGUCACAACGCCCUAACUGGUGUAGAAGAGUUUCAAGAUGCUCUUCCUUGGCUUAAUCUCACUGUGUUAGAUCUCUCUAAUAACAGGUUACGAGACUCGCGUCCAAUUCUACCAGCCAUAUGCAAAUUAAGCAAGCUCGUGGCCCUCGAUUUGUCGAGUAAUCUAAUGAGUGGUGUGCUUCCACAAUGUAUUGGAACUUUCGGUUCUUUGGAUAUUAUGAACUUUAGACAGAACUCACUUCAUGGAACUAUUCCUGAUACCUUCAGAAGUGGGAGCAAACUAAGGUUUCUUGAUUUCAGUCGCAAUCAGUUGCAAGGUCAAGUACCAAGAUCGUUAGCCAAUUGCAAGAUUUUGGAGAUCAUGGACUUGAGUGACAAUCAGUUGACCGAUGGUUUUCCUUUUUGGAUUGGAACUCUUCCAAUGCUAAGACUUCUAAUACUAAGAUCCAAUCACUUCCAUGGAAAAAUCGAAGAACCUGAAACCAACACGGAGUUCCCCAUGUUGCGAAUUGUUGAUUUCUCCUUCAAUAACUUUUCGGGUGAUCUCCCAUUGAAGUAUAUAACUAAUUCGAAAGGAAUGAAGAUUUUCAACACGACUGCGUCAGCAUAUCGAAACACAUUUAUAACUUUCUCAUUCGACUAUGUUUGGGCUCUUGAAUUUUUCUAUUCCACCACAAUAACCAUGAAAGGUUAUCAGAGAGAUUACUCAAGGAUUCAAGAGGUUUUUACAAGUCUCGAUCUCUCAAGCAACAGAUUUGAAGGACAGAUACCGGAUCUUGUUGGGAACCUAGAAGGCCUUCAAUCUCUCAACCUUUCCCACAACAUGCUUUCUGGCCCCAUCUCGCCAUUGAUGAAGAACAUGGCACGACUGGAGUCUUUGGACCUGUCACACAACCAACUCUCAGGACCAAUACCUCCAGAACUCUCACAACUUCAUUUCCUUUCAAUAUUUGAUGUCUCUUACAACAAUCUCUCUGGUCCAAUACCAACAGGGAACCAAUUUAACAAUGUUGAUAACAGCUCGUAUGUGGGGAAUGUGGGAUUAUGUGGAGAUCCAUUAUCAAAGCAAUGUGGAGAUUCCAAGCCACCUUCAUCAGAUUCUGAUGAGGAUGAAGAUGAGGGAUCUGAUUUUAAGAUUAAGUUUAAGACUGUAUUGAUUGGAUAUGGAUGUGGAGCUUUGGUUGGAAUGAUUGUUGGGAACUACAUCCUUGGAAGGAAGGAAGAAUGGUUUAAAAAGACCUUCAAGAUUGGAAUACCCAAAAACUGGGAGGAAUGAAGGAGAGCAAGAUGAGACCCAGGAGUGGAUGAUAUUGGGUAUCUCAGAUGCCUGAAUAUGAAGGACAUAUUGUUGCUUUAUCUUACUUUGUUGUUUCCAAGUGUAGAAAAAGGGCUCUUGUUGUAACACAACAAAUAGGAACAGGGAAUUUUGGCUGAUUACACAUGUAGAACAACUUGUACAAUAAUACAACUAUAUUGUUUAUAUAUGUAACAUAGUGAGUAUAUAUGAUUCAAAUACAGCAACUACCACCAUCAACAGCGGAGUUUUCAACUAUGAUUUGGGAUGUCCUACAACUUGAAGAUGCAUUCAAAUGAAAAAAAAAAAAGAAAAAAAGAAAAAAAAGAAA